UAACGUUCCCCAACGUUCCCUAACCGUUUUGUGUUAGUGGGGUGGAUUGUUUGUAUGGGUAAUAGGAACACAAAAAAAAACAAUCGGUAGGCUACAAUGUCCCGUUUGUCCCUUAGGAAGACGCAUGGAACAGAGGUGUACGCCCAUAUCAACUGUAGAGGUCCCCAUUUUACCGACUGCUGCAGCAGGCAGGCGGGCACACCUUGCUGCAUCUCCUCUUUGGGGUUCCACGCAGUGGACAGAGAGGAUACAGCAGAAAAUACAGCAGGGACACACGGACAGAGAUGAUACAGCAGGACCGGACACACGGACAGAGAGGAUACAGCAGGACCGGACACACGGGCAGAGAGGAUACAGCAGGACCGGACACACGGGCAGGAGAAGCGGCUCUGCUGGAUAUCACAUGCGGCUGCGCUUCUAUCAAUGAGCACGUUGCCGCUGUAUGCAGAAGACAAGCGGUACUCUCACUGCUCACCCUGCCGUUAGCACUGUGAAGUCCUGCAGAGACACACACACACACACACACACACACACACACACACACACACACACACACACACACACACACACACACACACACACACACACACACACACUCUCUCUCUCACACUCUGUCCUGCUGGAUCUAUCGUGCUGGAUGCCGGAAUGCCUGCUGCUCCUCUCCUCACACUGUUCCUGGUUCUGCUGGGUGUUCUGACGACAUGCGCCCAGACGGAGAUGAAGAGAGUUGUUGGAGACAAUGCCACACUGCCCUGCCACCAUCAGUUCUGGGUGGGUGAUGACCCCACUCUUGACAUUGAGUGGCUGCUUCUCAAGCCAACAAACAGGCAGAGAGUGGUGAUCACCUACUUUGCUGGACGGGUUUUUGACCCCAAUGAAGCAGAGCGUAGCCGUGUAGCCUUUGCUGGAGAGUUCUUAAAAGGUGACGCCUCUCUGCUGAUAACUGACUUGUCUCUAACAGACACAGGAGAGUACAGCUGCAAAGUCAAGACUGGUGCACAAUACCAUUGGAGCACCAUCAGCCUCAUAGUGCUGGUAAAGCCAUCCAAGCCGCGGUGCUGGAUGGAGGGCAAACUGUUGGAGGGCGGUGAUGUUAAGAUGAGCUGCAAGUCUGCUGAUGGCUCUGAUCCCAUCCACUACAAAUGGGAGAGGCUACUGGACAAGGGCAAGUAUGCUGGCAAGCUGCCUCCAUUGGCCCUGAUAGAUUUGAAAAACCCAGAGAUUGUGACGUUAAGGAACUUGACCAAGGACAGCACCGGAGUCUACAAAUGCUCAGCCAGCAACGAUGUGGGAGAACAGAGCUGUACCGUGGAGGUCAAGAUACACUAUGUAAGGAGCAUGGGUGUGGUAGCAGGGGCCGUGGUUGGCGUGUCCUUCGGAGUCCUCCUUAUCAUCCUUAUCAUCUGGUUGGUGUUCCGCAAAAAGGAGAUGAAGAAAUAUGAAGAAGAAGAGACUCCAAAUGAAAUCAGGGAGGAUGCAGAGGCUCCCAAGGCCAAACUGGUGAAACCCAACUCCCUCUCGUCGUCCCGCUCUGGCAGCUCUCGCUCAGGCACCUCCUCCACUCAGUCCAUGGUGCACAACAUGGGGCUCCGAGGCCCACGAGCAUGUGUUCCUGCUGUGGCAGCCCUCAAGGAAAACGGCCAAGCUUCCUCCUUCCCUCAGUCUCCACCUGGCUACAAUCAGACCGUUCCCAAGACUCCAGAACCACGCUCAGCACCAACCUCCACGUCUACCUCCAACUGCAAGCCCAGCCCUCCCCCUAAGCUGAGUCCUGGAAACCUGAACCGCAUGGGGGCCACACCUGUCAUGAUCCCUGCCCAAACCAAGGCCUUCCAGACUGUGUAGAAGAUGUGAAGACACAGAGGAAAAGACCAAGGCGGCCUCAGGACACGGCAACUAGCUGAACCCAGGAGUUAGACUCUGAUAAAGAUGCAGUUAUAUUAUCUAGAAAUAUUCUCACCAUUCGCUAUCUGAUGGAUACUUUCAGUCGUUCAACUCUCAGAUAAUCUGUGCUUUACACUACAAACAUAGGAAGAGGCUUUUUCUGGUGUCGUUUAUUGACACACGUGCCAUAGACUGUGAUUUAGAAAGACAAGGAGGUGUUGAAACUGAAGCUGCAGUCGGUUUCUUAUGGAAGGAAAGGAUUGCACGAACCAGGGAGUGAAUGGGAUGAGGUAAUGUAAUGAGAUGAAGUCCAAAGCCCGAACCAGACUGACAUUUGAUCGAUGGAUUACAUGACAUGGCAACACCAUUCUUUUCACAAGACAGCAGACCGCUCACACAUACAGCUGCAGAGGUUAGUAGAGUAGCUCUUAAAGGAAUAGAAAAUAACACGUUACACCUGUUGCAAAUGAAAAUACCUUGCACCUACUGUAUGACUGAACUGCUGAACAUAGUUUAACUGCAGGUUGUUCCAGUAAAUAAACAGGAUGAUUGGCUCUGAUUGUAUAAACAGACUUUAUGUGGACACUUCAUAUAUCCAUCCAUACAUGUGUCACCCGCUUUUAAUAUGGACAUAUAUCAUAAUGAGUCACUGCUUCCUCUGUGCCAACUGAAAAACCACAUAGAUGUGCACAAUUCCCUUCUUCAGUUUGAGUGUGGCUUCAUACAGGACACUUAAGUUGAUAAUAUUUAUAGCUGAUGUGUCGAGGUUCAUAAGAAUUCAGAAAGGGUGUGAUUUUGUUCAGAGAAAUUGAAUUGUCAGGAGCGCUUACAUUUGUGAAGCUUGUUACAGGGUAAAGACCCUACUGAGAAAGUGCCACAUUGUGAUGGUUUACAUUUGAUUUGUUUCCUUCUUUUUUUAACCCAAGAAUGAAAUGUUUGAAUGUGGUGCUAAUUAAGAUUUGUUAUAUACGGUGAUUUCUCGGCAAUAAGUUAGUAAGAACUCCCAUGGUAACUUGUUUGUUUUGAAUAGAAAUGAGUUUUAUAUGACUCAUUAAAUUGUUUAUACAAAGUUAAAAUGUCCUUCUGCACUCUUAAUACAUUAGAGCUUAAAUAAUGAUGUCUAAAGAGUACCUACAGGCUCACUGUAAUGAUCAAACAUACACAGUACCAUGGACAACACAACACAUUGUAAAUUACAAGCAUGACACUAAUAUGAGUUAAUGUAGGUGAGGGGAGGGAUCCAUUUCUGUCUGAACUACUGCCAGCCAGACAGACAGACAGACAGACAGACAGACAGACAGAGAGGACAUUCUCCAUUCUUCACUUCCAUUCCUUCUCUUCAGUUCAUAAUCUGCCUUAUAUCCCUUUUCCUCUUUCAACUUGUCUUGUGAGUCUCAAUUUCGUUCUUCCCAGGCCGGUGCGUUCUUUACUGCCGCUUUAGGCCAAACACAAUUGUGCCACCACUCUAUUUGCAACAUACAAUACACAAACAAUAACACGCAGCCAAUAUAAGAAACAAAACGGAAACAACACAAACGCCAAAUAUACACAUCAUGCAAAUAGACAAGUGCAAUGCACAAAGUGUCAACAAUUAUUAGAGUAGGCUGACGCAUGCCGUGUAUGCGUAUAUCCGAAUGACAACAACGGCACCAACAGGUCUGCAGCAUAAUAAAUCCAAAAGGUUCCAAACCCCUUCACAGCAAUGCCAUGACAACACAGCUAUUUUCUGAAUAAUCACAUUUCAACUCAUCUAAAAAGCAACUGUAAUAAUAUUGCAAAUCUUUAGAUAGCCUAAACAAAACCUUGUGCGUAAAACACACACACACACAGGAAAUCAAUUCCUCUGACCUGAUAUGGUCCUCUUUCUGUCUAAAUGUGUAUUAGUUUUUGCGUUAUUGUUGUUACAGUGUGGGUCGUAUGGUUGUUCAGUGUUAGUGUUCCGACAUCUGACCUCGUGAGAACUGAUUUAUGUUUUUGAGGACAGACACACAUUCUUCACCAAUGGACUACAAUACAAAAUGAGGACAAAACACAACAGAUGACAUUUUUUUUUUAAUUCGAACCUGGGCCGCUGCAAAGAACUCAGCCUACAUGAGGCGCACGCUCCUACUGGGUGAACUAGAGGUCACCCCAACAGUUGACAUUUUUUAUGAGCCGCCUUGCCAAAGAGCCGCUCUAGGCUGCUUCCGAGUCUGCCUACGCACGUGCCGGGGCUGGCUCUUUUCCCUUCUCCCAUCCCAUCAUCAUCAGUUCAUCUUGGCGUGACUUGCACCAGCAAACACUGGAAAGUGAUCGUCCAGUUGGACCUAGCCCACCAAUGAACAGAGCAAUACCUAUACUGUGAUUCCUAUAUCCUUUUAGUUUUUAUGUGUCAGAAAGUAUUAGCCACCAACGUACAACAUUCCCCUACAUACACUGAGGUUUCUGGGCCUUAUCUUGCACCCGGCACAGUGAAAAGCCGCAAGUCUCUUUGCUAGUUUAAGACCGACCCAGUUGUCAGUUUCCCAUCCAGCGCCCACGUCGUUUAAAU